CAAGGCUGCUCACCAACUCACACUGGUUGGAUGAUAUGUACCUGACCUAAGCGGCCGCAAGGGCCAUACAAGAACCAACCGUUGCAAAAAGGUGGUGGUGGCAUGCGCCCAAGUCCUGUCAACGUCCCGCUCCUUCACGCUCCGACCAAGUCACACUCUGAAUCCAAGACAUAAUCGUUCUUCGACGCUCUUUACCAACCCCAACAUGCCAGUCGUACAGAAGAAGACAGUCCUAAUCACGGGCUGCAGCGCCGGCGGCAUUGGCUGGCACUUGGCGAAUGCCUUCCUCAAGCGGGACUUCUACGUGUUCGCGACGGCGCGCGACACCUCCAAAGUGGAGGGCCUCGCGGAGCUCAGCAACGUGGAGGUUCUCCAGCUGGACGUUACCGAUCAGGACAGCAUCUUGCGAUGCAAGGACACUGUCGCACAGCGCACCGGCGGCCGGCUCGACGUGCUGAUCAACAACGCCGCGGCCGAGUUCGUGUGCCCCGUGCUAGACGUCGACAUCGCCGAGUCCAAGAAGCUGUACGACGUCAACGUCUGGGGCCCGCUCGCCAUGGUUCAAGCGUUUGCCCCACUGGUGAUCGAGGCGCAAGGCGUCAUUUCCAACCAUACCUCCAUUGCCUGUGUCAUACCCAUAGUAUGGUCGGCCGUCUACUCCAGCUCCAAGGCAGCUCUGUGGCGCAUGUCUGAGAUCAUGCGGCUUGAGCUCGAGCCGCUGGGUGUGCGCGUCGUGACGGCUAUGUGCGGGUCUGUCGACACGCCCAUGUUCUCCCGGCCCGGUGGCCGGAUGAAGCUGCCCGAGACGUCGUAUUACUACGACGUACAGGAUACGGCAUACCAGGAGCGCAUGGCCCAUCAGCGCGCGUCGAUGAAGCCCGAUGCAUUUGCCGAGCAGAUUGUUAAGGACAUUCUCGGGGGGGCCAAGGGCCAAAUCUGGCGGGGCGUGUAUGCUGGGCUUGUGCGCGUCGGAAGCCAACUGUUCCCGCAGUGGUACUUGGACUGGAGCUGCAACGUGGGGAAAGGCCUGGAGAAGGUCAAACGCCGCUCCCAGAAAUGAGUCCCAGGUCAAGCAAGGAGGACGUGGAGGCAUUUAGGUAGAGGUAUCCUUGAAAAGAUGCUCGUACUACUACAUGGCCCUUGAGGCCUUGACUGUG